AUGUCCCCCGACGUGAACAUUCCUAGACAACUGUACUAUGCCAGCGGGUUCAAUCUUAUUCGUGACUCUGCCCCGGCCACAUUUGUCAGUAACCUCCUACAUGAGGAUGAUAAUGAGGAGGAGCACGUUGAGCACUUCAAGUACAAGCAGCAGCUUGAGAGGAAACUCACGGUAAUCUCGAUCAUUGGGCUUGGUUUCACUCUUGUUGGUGUGCCAUUUGGGCUAUCGUCUACGUUGUGGAUCCUGUUGAUCGAUGGUGGUAAUGUGACCAUGCUCUAUGGGUGGCUUGUGGUUGGAUUCUUCAGCAUAUGCGUGGUGUUGAGUCUCAGCGAGAUCAUAUCGAAGUAUCCGACUUCAGGAGGUGUUUAUCACUUCAGCGCUAUUUUGAGCAAUGAAAAGUAUUCUUCCAUUAGUUCCUGGUUCACAGGUUGGUUUCUCCUUAUUGGCAAUUGGACAUAUGCUGUGAGUAUCAUGUUUUCCGGUUCCCAAUUCAUUCUUUCCAUAUUUGGCCUCAAGGAUGUAUACUAUAAAGAGGAUACGCUCUGGGUGUUAAGUGUAUACUUUGUCAUUCUUACAUUUGUUGGUUUUGUCAACUUCAAGUUCUCGGGCUACUUGGACCACAUCAACAAGAUGUGCAUUGUAUGGUCAAUAGGCACGGUUAUACUAAUCGACCUAAUCCUAUUGAUCUUUGCUAAACAGACCAACUCAGCUGCCCAUACUUUAACGACUUUCGAUAACUCCAGAUCAGGUUGGCCUGACCCUAUAGCCUUCAUGGUUGGCUUUCAGAGCUCAUCUUUUACGUUGACAGGGUAUGGUAUGCUAUUUUCUAUGACUGAUGAGGUGAAAACUCCCGAAAGAAACAUGCCUAGAGGUGCCGUAAGUGCCAUUUGUAUGGCGGUGCUUCAGGGCCUCAUGUUCAUUAUCCCUCUUCUCAUCAUUUUGCCGAAACUAACGAUCCUUCUUGAUGAAACCCCUGAAAUAAUGCCUAUAGAUUUGAUCUUCAAGACCGCUACUGAGUCAUACAUAGUCUCGUUCUUGUUGAUCCUCCUUCUCGUGGGAACCGUUUUGUUCCAAGCUAUUGGCUCCGUGACAACCGCCUCGAGAUCAACGUAUGCAUUUGCAAGAGAUGGUGGGCUUCCUUUCAAGUCCCUCUGGACUGAGGUUGACUCGGUUGAAGAUGCAAUCGUGCCCAAAAACGCACUUUUUUUGUCGAUGGGUGUAUGUGGAGUGUUCUCUCUUUUAGCCCUCAUAUCUCCAUCGGCAUUCAAUGCAUUUAUGGGUGCGUCAGUUGUCUCCCUAGCUUUAGCAAACGGAAUACCCAUUCUUUGUUUGAUGUUAAAUAAAAGACAAAAGAUCAAGGGUGCGGCAUUCAGGCUACGAAAGUUUGGUUGGAUAGUAAAUGGUAUUUCGGUGUUUUGGGUAUUCCUUCUGAUCUUUAUUUUAUGUAUGCCGCCGGUUAUCAAAAACUUAACAUGGUAUAAUAUGAACUAUGCCUUUGCAGUUCUUUUAUUCUUGGUGGCUUUGUCCUCAAUUGGGUACAAAACCUGGGGUAAUAAGGUGUUCACAGGCCCUCUCUUGGAUGAGGACUACUUUGAGCUUCAGACGAUGAGUAAGGUGGGGAACUCGGCAUCCUUUGCCAUUGGCGAGGCAGAAGAGGCAAUUUUUACGAAAGAUAAAGAAGCCUCAUACGACCCUCAUACACCAAGCGGCACGGGGACCCUGAGCCCAAAAAAAGAAGAGGGAAGCAAAGAGCAUAGUGAUAAAGAUAUUAAUGAGAGAAAUAAUAUAGAAGCAACCAACUCAAUUGCACAAUAA